AGAUCCAACGGUUUGGAUACCAAGACCAGACGGAGUGAGAAAGAAAAGAAGGCGAAGACCCAAACAUGUCCUUUCAUCGGCUGCUCGGCUGAAACAUCCCACAACUCUCUUCAGUGACAUAAAAUCAGGAGAGCUUCAAACCUGAACACCUCGAGUGCAAAAUUAAUUGCCAUCUAUCUAUCUACCUGGAAGAGUUAAUCCAACGAUAAAAUAAUCAAGCAAAAAUCUACCAUGGUGACCACCAGUACUACCAUCAAGUGUCGUGUGUCCAUUCCAUCCUGUGACAAGGAUAUUUUGGCCGUUGUGAGUCAACUCACGGAUACUCCCGUGACCUUUGAAGCCAAAGACGGUGCCUUGGAUUUGAAUGUCACCGUGACCAACGCUUUCACCAAGAAGACUACCGAGAGCACUGCUGUCUCCUUGUUGGGGUGUGUCCGACAACUCGCUCAACGUACCGAUCUCUGGGAUUCUGCCGCUUGCAAUGGAAGUACUGGAUUCCUCGUCGAGAGUUGGAUCCAAGCCAGUGAACAGACACUCCUUCCCAUUCUACGCAACAAAAGCAAGGGAGAUCUGUUGCUCGAAACCGUCCAAGAUUUUCUGAACAAGAUUGACAGCCAUUUGAAGUCUUCCAAUCAUGCCUAUUUGGUCGGCGAUACUCCCACGGCCGCCGAUGUCUGCGUCGCCAUUCCCUUGACGGUGGUUGCCUUGGAACACUACACCACCCUUACUUGGCCCGACAAAACAUUUGCUUGGUUGGAGACUGUCCUGGGACAAUUGGAAGCCGUGGUCGAUGGAGCAGCUGCCAUGUCCUGGGGCAAGUGGAAGGGUAACCUCAAGGGAGCUGCUGCUGCCCCUGCUGCUACUACUACUACUGCUGCUGCUGGUGGCGACGACGAUAACAAAAUCAUCAAUCUACUCACGCAACACAAAGUGGAAUUUUCCGUCUACGAUCAUCCCUUGUCCAAGACUGCCGAAGAGUUGGUCGCCAACGCUCCCUUGGCCGAUGGAGAAACUCAUACCAAGAAUUUAUUCUUGCGCGACAAAAAACACGGAAUGUUCCUCGUCACCGUCGCCACCAACGCCAAGGAAACCACCCCGGUCCAGACCAAGGAGCUCGGAAAAUUGCUCGGAUUGCAAGGAAAAACCAAUCUACGCAUGGCCGACGAAAAAACUCUCAUGGAACAGCUUCAAGUCAAGCCGGGUUGUGUGGGGCCGCUCUGUGCUGCCUUGGCCAAGCCCGAAGGAGACGACAAGGUCACGCUCGUAUUGGAUCAAACAUUGACAACAACUAGCAAGUAUGCCAAGAUUCAUUCGCAUCCCAUGCAGAAUGACAAGUCGGUCAGCAUGACCCCGGACGCCAUGAUGGCUUUUCUGAAAUCGGUCGGUGUCGAACCCACGAUUCUCGACUUUGGUAGUGCCCCAGCAGCAGCGGCUCCAGCUCCAGCCCCCAAGAAGCAGCAGCAGCAGCCCAAAAAGCAAGGUGGCGGUGACAAGCAAAAGCAACAAGGCGGCAAAAAGCAAGGUGGCGGCGGUGGCGGCAAAAAGGGAGAGACCCUGCUCGCACUGCAGUGCAAAAAGGAUGAGAACUUCCCUCAGUGGUACACCGAUGUCAUCAAGCUCAGCGAGAUGAUUGCUUACUACGACAUUAGUGGUUGCUACAUUUUGCGUCCCUGGUCCUACAAGAUUUGGGAGAUGAUGCAGGACUGGUUCAAUGUGGAGAUCCGAAAGCUCGGCGUCGAUAACUGCUACUUCCCUCUCUUUGUGUCCCAGGAUCGUCUGGAGAAGGAGAAAGAUCAUGUGGAAGGAUUCGCUCCCGAGGUCGCUUGGGUCACCAAGAGUGGGGACGCUGAUCUGGCCAAACCCAUUGCCAUUCGUCCAACGUCGGAAACCAUCAUGUACCCUGCCUUCUCGGAUUGGAUCAAGAGUCACCGCGACUUGCCACUCAAGUUGAACCAGUGGAGCAACGUCGUCCGUUGGGAGUUCAAGUACCCCACCCCUUUCUUGCGCAGUCGAGAGUUCUUGUGGCAGGAAGGGCACACGGCCCAUGCAACCUACGAUGAUGCCCAGGUGAUGGUGAUGCAAGCUCUGGAUUUGUAUCGUCGCGUGUAUGAAGAGCUGUUGGCUGUCCCUGUCGUCAGGGGUUACAAGACGGAGGCUGAGAAGUUUGCCGGAGGCCACAUGACCACCACCGUCGAGGCCUACAUUCAGGGAUCUGGCCGUGCCAUCCAGGGAGCUACAUCGCACAACCUGGGACAGAACUUUGGAAAGAUGUUCGAUAUCAAGUUCCAAGACGAGAAGGGUGAGUCCCAGAUUGCAUGGCAGACAUCCUGGGGUCUGACGACUCGUACCAUUGGUGUGAUGAUCAUGGUCCACGGGGAUGACACUGGCUUGGUUUUGCCCCCUCGAGUUGCCCCCAUCCAAGUUGUCAUUGUGCCUAUCAUCAGCAAGAAGCUCCCAAUGGAACAAGCAAAGCCCUAUUGCGAGGCUAUUCUGCAGGAGCUGGAAGAACUUGGACUCCGAGCCAAGUUUGAUGACCGCACCAUGUACAACCCUGGCUGGAAGUACAAUCAUUGGGAGCAAAAGGGUGUCCCUGUCCGUAUUGAGGUUGGCCCACGAGACAUUGAGCAGAAGCAAGCCCGUUGUGUCCUCCGCUACAAUGGUGACAAGAUUGAUGUCAACAUUGAUGGUAUUGCCACCAUCCUCAAGGACAAGUUGGAGGAUAUCCAGGAGAAGAUGUUUGCCAAGGCCAAGGAAGCACGGGACUCGCACGUGGUGCAGGUCACUGAGUGGAAGGACUUUGUCCCCAAUCUUGAACUGAACAACCUGAUGUUGACGCCAUGGUGUGGUGGAGAGCACGAGGACUGGGAAGAGUGGGUGAAGACGACAAGUCGCGAAGAGUCACUCAAGGCAAGAGGUGAAGAAGGCGAAGAUGAGAAGACUGCCACAUCUCUGGCUGCCAAGACUCUAUGCAUCCCCUUUGACCAGCCCGAGCUCCCAGAAGGCACCAAGUGCAUCGCAAGUGGAAAGCCAGCUACAUGCUGGGUACUUUGGGGACGAUCCUACUAGUUUGGAGGACGCUGUCUCGCCAACAUUCCUCUGGCUGGUACACGGAUGGUACCCUUCUUCUAGAUAAUUAAAAGAUUAAAAGCGCGUUAUUAGGUUCCCUUUUACUAGAUC